UAAGAGUGAGGUCAUAACUAAGGGACCCUGCAUGUCUUCAUCAGGUUUAGACUGCACUACAAACUAGCAACUGCGCAGGACUGACUGCAGAGUCGAUUAAGCUGUGAUAACAAUACCCUGUCUCUCAAGGCUCAUAACAUAACGCCUGUUUUUAAAGCAGGACUCAAUCUGAGGAGGUCACCAUGAUGUCCGAUGAGUACCUGGUGGAGUGCAAGAUAGAUGAUGAUGAUGAUGAUGACAGUGAUGAGGAAGUGAAGAAGAUCCAGCCAUCUCUAGCUCCACCACCACAGUUCUCUUCCUCUUCCCAAGCUUCUCUCACUCACAUUGAAACCAGGGACCCUUAUGGAGUCAACAACCACUUAAAGGUGGAGUUCAGUGACGUUUUGGCUGAGCCACCCUCCACCCGUAGUUAUGACCGUGUUUGGGUGUACAGUGGAAUUGGGUUUGAGUCAGCGCGACUCUGGAGUUACCGCUGCCUUACUGCAGUGUGUGCUGUGCCUGUUUCCUGCCUCUCUGGAUGUCUCUUUGCACUGCUGGCCUGCUUCCACAUCUGGUGUGUGAUGCCCUGUAUACAGGUGUGUCACACCUGUCUGCCCUGUGUGAGGUCGCUGUGGAUGAGUGUGGUGAAUAUCUUCAUCGCGCCGCUCUGCACAUCUGCUGCCCGAUGCUGUGGCGGAGUGUACGUAUUAGUCUCCAAAGAAUGAGAGGAAACUCAGUGGAAAACCUGUGCACAAAUCCACCCCCACAUCUUUUUCUCAUAUCAACACUUAUUAAAGAAAGUUCUUCUAAAAAAUGUAGACAUUUAGGUUUUAAGCCCCUUUUAAAUCUUCAAAAAAAGGAACUUUAGAGGAAAAGGGAAAAAACAUUCUUAUUUCAGUGGAAGUUAUUGUGAAGAGAUUUUAUUCUCAGUAAUUUUGGCCCAUUUUUAUUGGUCCGUCAAAGACGUCUAGCAUAUUCAAAUUCAAAUUCCAAUAAAAAAUGGAGAUACAAAGUUUUGUUUCUGACAGCAACAAUAUUUAAACUCACUAUUCUUGUAACUACCUCUCUUUCUUUGGCAUAAUUGGUGUUGAAAUGAGUACCAGCACUGUCAUCAGCAUUGACUGAACACACACACAUUGAUACUCUGUUAAUACCACACUAAUAUUGAUAUUGUACUGUUGUAUAUGUGCAGUGUUCAUCACCUGAUAUCUGCUAUCAAUUUUUCAUUUUUAUUGCUCUAUAGGCUGUGAUUUA